AUGCCGACACGAACGGUCCAAGCGAUGCCAACUGGGAGCAGCAUCUUCCCGCUCGAUGAACCCGUGUCCGUGCUUUGCUUCCCAUUGGAUCACCUUCCUAUGGGAACAUCCCUUCGGAAAGGGCAGGGCUGCGUGUCCCUGCAGGGAAGCACCGUCAGGGAGGUGGCCGGUGGCACGGAGGAAGGAGGCCGGUUCAUCUUCGAGAUCAUCCCAGGGGCCUCCGGAGAGCAGAACCGGGCCGGGCAGGACUCCUGCGUGCUCAUGGCCAGCUCCCAGGCGGAGAUGGAGGAGUGGGUGAAAUCCAUCCGCAGGGUGCUCGGCUCGGCCUCCGGAGCCGUGUUCGGCCAGCGCCUGGCGGACACCGUGGCCUACGAGCAGAAGUUCGGGCAGCAGCAGGUGCCCAUCGUGGUGCAGAAGUGCGCCGAGUUCAUCCGCGAGCACGGCGCGAGCGAGGAGGGCAUCUUCCGCCUGCCCGGCCAGGACAACCUGGUGAAGCGGCUCCGCGACGCCUUCGACGCCGGGGAGAGGCCCUCGUUUGACCGCGACACGGACGUGCACACGGUGGCUUCGCUGCUCAAGCUCUACCUGCGGGAGCUGCCCGAGCCCGUCGUGCCCUGGGCGCAGUACGAGGAUUUCCUGCUCUGCGGCCAAGCGCUGGACGCCCACGAGGGCCAGGGUCAUCAAGAACUGCUGAAGCAGCUGUCCCUCCUUCCCCGAGACAACUACAACCUCCUCAGCUACAUCUGCAGGUUUCUCCACGAAAUCCAGCUGAACUCCAGCAUCAACAAGAUGAGCGUGGACAACCUGGCGACGGUGAUCGGCGUGAAUCUCAUCAGGCCAAAGAUAGGGGACCCUGCCGUUAUCAUGAGAGGUACCCCUCAGAUCCAGAAAGUGGUGACCGUGAUGAUAAGCGACCACGCGGAGCUCUUCCCCGCAUCCAAAGAUGGGUCGCUCUCCUCAGAUGCAGAAAAACCCAACGAGUUCAAGAAAGCCCCUGUCCCGCGCAGCUCCGUGGGCUGGGACGCUGCCGAGGACCCGGCGGGGGCCAGGACGGACAGCUUGAUCCUAAGGGAAACGAGGGACGACCCGAAUGCCAGCAGUGCUGCUGGGCCAGCUGCGGACUCAAGCGUGCCCGGAGAAGAUAAUGAUGUGAAACCAUCCAAAGACACCCUGGGAAUGUGGAAAAUGCAGUCUAGGAAAAGAACUCAGACCUUACCUAACAGGAAAUCCUUCCUGACAGCCGCUUCUCAGGGGGAGAAAGGCAGGAAUGACAAAAGCGACAUAUUUGCCAAGGACUUUUGGAAAUCCUCCCCGGGAAGCAGCGUGCCCCCUGGGCUCCCCGAUGGCCAUAGGAGAACGUUGUCCCAUGAUCUGUUCAAGCUGCUGGACCUUCACCGGGCUACGGCUUCGGAUAACGGAUUCCUCCCCGGCCCCACGCAGCAUCCCAAGGAAACGGGCGGCAGCUCGGACGAGCCUCGGGAUUCCGGCCAGGAGAGCGAGGAGCUCCUGCACAGCACGAUCCUGAGGCUGGAGAGAGAAAUGGAGACGCAGAAAAAUAAAUACGAGGAGGAAAUCGAAAGCGAUGCCUUCCCAGCGCUCUUCCAGUUCCAUCUUUUCACGCUCCUUUUCGUUUCUCUUUGCAGCCUUGAGAAGGAAAACUAUGAAGUUUGGGCCAAAGUGGUGAGGCUGAACCAGGAGGUUGAGAGGGAGAAGAAGAAAUCGGAGGAGCUGGAACAAAAGCUGAGGGACAUGGAGCUCCUGCGGGAAGACAUGGAGAGGAAAAACAAAAUGCUGGAGGAGGAGAUAAAGAAUUUAAGCCAAUCCAGGAGCAAAACUGAUGCCAAAAACAACUAGGAGGAAACACCUGGAUGAGUGCAGGCAUUAAACGGAGCUGCAUGGUUUAGUAUCCGAGGGAAUUGCGCAGCGGGAUCAGAGCCAGGGACUUGUGCAGGCCACUGCCCUGUUACAGCCAGCGGGCUGGUUCGGAGGAAGGAGCCCAGAAGUUAGAGGUUGGUUUACACUCUGAAACAGGAAAUUUCAAAACUGUUGUUUAGCUUUAUUUCACUUUUUAAAUCCUCCUCUGGCUGCUGAAGUUACCUGUCGAACAGGCCAACACUUCUUGCUGCUCAACCAGAAUGUCUUGCAGUAGGAGUUUACGUUAAAUAUAUAUCAUACA